CUGACCAGAGCACACAGAGCUGACUAGGGAGACUGGCCAGGGCCGGAGCUGUAGUCGCCUGGCAGAGAGAGGCCAAGCCUGGCAGUGGGGGAAACUGAGGCAGGGGUGUCGCCCUGGAGACUGAUGGUCAGGGCUGGACCUACUUGGGCCAGGGUCCUGCCCUCCAGCUGGGUCCAUUAUCUACUUGCUGGGGUCUGAGUAGGGGUCUGACCUAGGGACCCAGGGCAGACUCGGGGGGGGCCCUGCUCCUGCCAUCUGACUACGGCUGUGAGCCUACCAGGCCCAUCACCCAAGAGAGCAUGAGUGAGCAGGAGAGGGAGACAGAGGAGGAUGAGGGAGGGACCAUUUCAGACACAGCACCCAUGCUGCCCCGAAGGCUUCCUGACCUCCAGGCGUCAGUCCUGAUGUCUCCAGGGUGGGCAGGCCUGGCUGCCCAAGGCCUUGGGACCCUGCAGCUGCCCAGUCAGAUUCUGGCCGGACUCCUGCUCCACCUGCUGCUGCCUGCAACCGUGUUCCUGCUGGUGCUGCUGCCGGCAGCUGCCAUCGUCUAUUUGGGGUUCCUGUGCCACUCGAGGGUUCACCCGGCGCCCCACCCCGCGUGCCGCGCGCUGCUCUCGGACCGCAGCUCCACGACGCUCAUCGUGUUGGGCUUCCUCUCGCUGCCUCCACUGCUGGUACUCGCUUCGGCCACCCGCGCCCGCCUGGCCCGAUGCCUCCGCCCGCUGCUGCCUCUCCCCACUUGGACACCCGUACCCCGCCGCCACCCCGACGGGGAGGAGCAGCUCUGCUCCUGUUUGUGACCCCCAGCGGCCCUCCAAAGGACCCGAGACCUCCAAAUACAGGAAGGCCCCCGAAUUUCCCUCGUGACCCCCAUAAGGUGGCCCCACCGGCGAGCUUGGGGUCUGCGUCCAGGUCCGGCGGGAAUACCGUGUGCGUGCCUCGGGGCUCGUGCGUAGUGCUCGGAAUGACCACGAGAUGGCACCGGACUCUCCCGGACCAGGGUUGGCCCUUCCCCACCCCCGCUGGCACCCCUGCUGCUGAGUGGCUGGGAAGCCCCUAGAAAGAGAAAUGGCUCUCAGAGAAGGGGCAUGUGGCCAGGCUCCGAAAGGUGGCCUUCUUGGCUUCUGCCACUGCGGCUGCCCUGAGCUCCGGCUCCCACACAAAGAGCCGCCCCUGUGGGCCCCAUGUCUGGUCAGUCAGCCGGCCUCCAGAGAGUUCAGAAGUGGUGAGACUUCCACACUCCACCAGAGCAGGCAUCUCUAGAAGCUCAGUGGUGGCCAGCAGACUCAGGGCUUGCAGGGCUCACCAGAGUAAGGGCUCAGUGUGUUGUCUCUGGAUAAUUUUAAGGUCUCUUUUCUUUCGCGUUCUGAGCUUUCUCGUUGUGGAUAUGUUCUUAAUUCUCCAUUUGGUCUAUGUGGUGUUUCCCGUUCCUAGGAAUUCAUAUAUUUCAUCAGUGCUGGAGAAGUCUCAGCCAUUAUCUCUUAAAUUCUGCCUCUCAUUCUUUGUAUGGAUGCUUUCUUGGGGAACACCUGUUAAAGGAAUGCUUCACCUUUUUCUUUUAACUCCAUGUCAGCUCAUCUGUCGUAUUUUCCAUCUCCUUGUGUCUCUGCUGCAUUCUGGACACUUCCUUCAUCUCCCUCUUCCAGGUCACUACUCAUCUGCUGAUUAACUCAUGCAUUUAAUUAUAAAUUAUUAUAGUAUACUUAAAACUUAUACUUGCUUCUUUUUCAAAUCUGAGCAUUUUUGAUGGUCACUUGGUGGCAUGCUCGGUUUUUGGAUUCCAGCUUCAAUUUCUUGAACAAUUCACAGCAUUUUUUUUAUAUUCUGUGCCUAACAAUUCCAACGUCUUAGUCUUUGGGUGUCUAUGUUUGUUGUGUUGUUUCUGCUGAUUCUCACUAAUAGCAUGUUGUUUCUUUGAAUGAUUGCUAAUUUUUGAUUGCCAGACCACACAUGUGAAAAUCCUGAGGCUGUGAGUUACCGCCAGCCUGUCCCCCAUUAGGUCCUGCCCUGGGAGUCCCUGUGCAGUGGCCACCCGGGGGUCCCUGACUGCGGUGUGGCUCCCAGCUCUGUGUCCAGGAAACCGCUGCUUUCCUAUCUGCUUUCUUGCGUCAUCUUCAUUUCUGCUCACUCUUCUGCUUAUUUAUCUACUUUCAGUGUUUAAUUUGGGGGGGAAGGGGCUUGGAGAUAUUUGCUUCCUUAUAACCUGGCGGUGUAU